UUAGUUGGAUCUUGAUCGCAAUGCACUUUCUGCUGAUAUUGGGCGUUUUUGGUGUAGUUUUUAUGCGUUCUGUUGCUGUCAGGAGUGUGCCGGGGGACUUCUAUGUAGAGGAAAUGCUGCGUGCAAUGAACCUUCCCACUGGAAAUGACUCCAGUGACAUUGGAGGGGAAUCUGAUUACUUUGAGACCCCGUUGGAUACAUCAGAAAUGGAUUACUACGGCUAAGCGACACUACUAUGCUGUGGAUAUAUUAGAGAAAAUUAAUUACAAAUGUAUUGCCAUCUAUGUAGAUCUUAGCGAAUGGAGAUGAUAAAAGCCGUGUAAGGUAUUGUCUAAAAAUAUUGUGCGUCGUCGUAGUGGGCUCUUCCCUUGCCAGUGCGUUACGAAAUUCCGACCAAAUGAAUAUACCCACUCGCAUCCCGUUCUUCUCUCGAUUUUCAGCGAAACGAAAGCUGGGAAUACUCAUGCAAAUUGUAGGUAUUUUUUAUUGUCAAAUUCUAUCGAACAAUAGAACAGUUGGGAACACCAAAACAACAAUAGAUGCAUACAUAUUUACAUACAUACGGAAUAUAGCCGCUAAUGACAACUAUUCAAGAAAAUCUGUCUCCAGUCCCCUGCGCCGUGCUCUCCCUUCGAUCCAACUACGCAAAUAUGAAACUACGCAAACGGGCUUAAACAUUUUCGCACGGAUUCUCAAGGCCCUGGCCUGCCUGGCCUGCCGAAAAGACAAAACUUCAAUUAACUUAUUUGCUUGAAUAUUUGAGCUGAUUGGAAGUUUGAAUUUGGAGCCGCUAUAAAAGCGGCAGUCUGGACCAGUCGUGAGUACCAGUUGAAAGAACUUACUCGUUGACAAAAUGCGUUUUUUCGUCGCCCUGUUGUGUGCCGUCUUGGUGGCAUCGGCCUCUGGCCAAGGCUCUGUGAGGGGAAGAAAAGCCCGUUCCGCUCAAAUCAAGCUGGCGGUGCAGCCGCUGGAGCCGCUGGUGCCGCUGGAGUUUGGGCCCCAGCUGGCGGUGGAGCCACAGUUGGCAGUUGAGCCUGCUCUGUACAUCAAAGAUCCCCGCAUUGUACCAGCAGUACUGCCCGUAGCGGGCCCCAACGACUUCCUGCCCCAGGCAUCGGCUGGCAAGCGUCGCGUCCUGCCCUUCGGAGACUAUUCAGGCUACUGGCCCGACUACGGUGCACCUGCUGACAACUGGUACGGCUGGAACUCAGCUCCUCGCUACUGGAACUCAGGUCCUCGCAGCUGGAUGGGCUACCCUCGCUCGUCUUCCUAUUGGCCCAGGCGCAGGCUGGUCAAGCCCGUGGCUAACAGCAUCCCUGAAGCUGAAGACAAUGCCGAUGUGGACGUCGAUGAUUCCAUCGUUUCCGAUGUAGAGCCUGUUCCCGUUCCCGUUCCCGAAGUUGCCGUCAUUCCAGAGGAGCCCGCCAUUCCUGAUGUCGCUGUUCUUCCUGAGGAGCUGGCCGAUCCCGUAGUGUCUGCCCAGGUGAUCAGCUAAAUUUUUUUUAAAUAAAUAUUAUAUAAAGCAAAGGUA